UUUACAAAUUUUCCUAGUGAAAAAUAAGUUCCAAGUUACUAAAAACACGUGUGCUCGCAAUACGCGAGUAGCGCCAUUAAAUUCAAACGGAAAUGGUUUGAAUCGUUGGAUUAAGUUCGUAUAAUGUUUAGUUGAAUGCGGCGAAGCGAUGGCAAAAUAUUUAAUACAAAUUAUUAUUACUGGAUCGCAAGUUAUUGGUAGAGCUUUUGCAAGAGCAAUACGUCAAGAAUUAGCAGCAAGUAAGGAGGCUGCACGACAAGCUGGCGGAGGUGAAAAAGGUGCACGACAUGCAGCGUCUAACCUUCGUACUGGCAUGACUUUGGACGAGGCUUUGCGUAUUCUUAAUGUCGAACGACCCGAUCAAACCGAACUAAUCAAACAAAAAUAUAAAUAUUUAAUGGAAGCAAACGACAGAUCUAAAGGUGGCUCAUUCUAUUUGCAAUCUAAGGUCGUAAGAGCAAAAGAACGUAUUGACGAGGAAAUGAAAUAUCAACCGCCACUUUCGAAUAAUAAUUCGACUAAACAAGAAGCUUCCAAAUCUUUCUAGUACAUAUAUACUUACCUAAUAAUAAAUAUAAAUUCUCUCGUCGAAUUAUAGGAAUUUGUGUAUAAUAUGCUAUAUAAUACUAUUAAUAAAUACUUUUAACUCUGUGAUUUUGUUUGAAAUAGAUAAACAGUACGAGUUGUUUGUUGUUUGUUACGUAGUAGAAGACAUGACCUUACAAAUAAUUAUAUUCGUAUCUAAA